UAGCCGUGAAAAGUGAUCAGCAAUAGUGAUCGAUAACUAUUGGACUCACCACAAUGACCAAAGUUGCAGGGGCACUUCCGGUUGCGGUAAACGGUGAUCGGAGGGUCUUUUAUCAGUAUUUGGCGGUGCUCUAUGUCAACAUCAUCUCCCUCGCCCAGGGCACCACUUUUGGCUGGCUCUCCCCGUACCUGCCGCUGCUGAUCUCCAUCACCGAAUCGCCCCUGGACGCCCCCGUAACGGACAUCCAAGCCACGUGGAUCGCGUCCCUGCUGUGCGUGGGAGCCAUCUUCGGCACGGUUCUGUUUGGCUGGUCAGCGGACCGAUUCGGCCGGAAGGUGUCCCUUUGCGGGACCGCACUUCCACUGAUUGGAUUUUGGUCCUGUGUCGCUUUUGGACGGUCGGUUGAGAUUCUGUAUCUGGCACGAGUUCUGGCGGGUUUGGGGGCCGCCGGAGUGUUCCUGCUGGUACCACUCUACGUCACGGAAAUCGCUGAAGAUAGGAUACGAGGUACCCUCGGGUCAUUCUUCAUCCUGUUCAUCAAUACGGGAACGCUGGUCUGCUUCAUCGCUGGAACUUACCUUUCCUACCACACCACAUCGUACAUCUUCAUCUUUGUGCCAAUUGUGUUCCUGAUUUGUUUCACUCGACUCCCAGAAACCCCUCAAUAUUUGGUACAUCGAAAUAACCAUCCAGCAGCGGAGAACGCUCUGAAGAUCCUUCGUGGUUACACCGCUUCACCCGAGCACGUGGACCUGAUGAAGAAGGAUAUGGCCCAGCUAAUAGCUCAAGCUGCCAAUCGUGGUGACAGCUCUGGACUUACGAGGUCCGACUUUGGUCCAUUCUACGUGAAGAAAGCACUCAUGAUUGGAUUAGUUUUGGUAACCCUAAAUCAGCUGUCCGGUUGCUUCGCCUUGAUCCAGUACGCAGCACAGGUGUUUGCCGAUGCCGGAUCCGAAAUGGAUUCCAAGAUAUCAUCGAUCAUCGUGGGGAUUAUCCAACUUGCAGGAUCGUACACUUCCACGCUCGUAAUGGAUCGCUGGAGAAGGAAAACCCUGUACAUAGUAACAGCGCUGGGUUCGUGCCUUGGACUUACCAUGAUGGGAGUCUACGCCUAUCUCAGCGUAGCCAAGGUUGAUGUCAGUCAACUGUACUGGCUUCCGGUGGCCAGCUUGUCCUUUGUGAUCUUCAUCGCGUCUGUCGGAAUGCUUCCGCUGACGUUUGUGAUCCUGUCGGAGAUCCUACCGGACAAGCUCCGAAGCUUCGGGGGAUCCCUGUGCACCACGUUCAUGUGGGUGGUAAGUUUUGUGAUCGUCAAGUACUUUGCGGCCGCCAUUGAAGUGCUGGGGAUGCAUGGCAGCAUGUGGUUCUUCGCCGGAUGCUGUCUGUUUGGGGCGGUUUUCAACGGGCUCUUUGUGCCGGAAACGCGGGGGAAAAGUUUGGACGAAAUUAAACUGACGAUGGGAUGCGAUAGUACAGAUAUGUGAGCUUUUAAGUGGAAGGUUAGAAUCAAUGAUGAACCACCGCAGUGCAAUGUUAAGUUAGGAUGUACGAUAGAGAUAUUUCGAUGCCGGUGUGCUCUUUUGUACUAAGCUUGCUGGGAUUCCUAUCUAAAUAGUACAAAAAAGCACACGGGCAUCGAUUUGCAAUUUUGUGAUACUUUAUGAAUAAAAGAUGUUUGUAGAUAUUUGAAGAAUAAAUAAUAAAUAGAUACAUGU